GGUUAGGUAGCUCUGGUAGUCCUGCCACGGAACAAGCCGUUCCACAAAAUUUUGCAGAGCAGCACCCAACAGAGCCAUUUCACUGAGUAGCCCCGUCCUUGUGAGAGUCUCACACAACUCAUCAACUGACCAAGAGCUGGCUCGGUCUGUAGUUUACAAAGACGAAGACGACAAGGACAGGGCUGGAUAGCCGGUCUCUUCGUCAUACUCGCCACAUUAUCAUCGAAAACUGAGUACGGUAGUUCAAUUGUAGUGGCUGCAACAGCAACGGGGAAUUGGUGAUCUUCAUUCUGCACAGAGAAUACCUUUUGUAGUUGUCGAGGAGGCGUGACGUAGACAAGGUUAAUCACUGUUGGUGAUUUGGUUUGGUAGCAGGUACUAGCCAGAUAGUGAGAGCAGAAUAGUUUGGGAAACGAACAGCAGCAGAAGAACAAAACCAGGACACGAGUGCAUACUUCAACAAGACAAUGGCAGCAGUAGCUACCGACACGACAGCCUCAUUGCGAGCAGAACAGGUGAAGGCUGAAGCCGAGGAACAUACAGCCAAUGUGGAUCAACCAACCGAGGGGUCAACGCCAGCAGAGGGAGCUGCAACAAUGGCAUCAUCAGAAGCUGCUACCACAGCAACAGCGAAGAAUGCAACUCAGAAUGAAGAUGAGGGAGUCGAAGUUGUUCUUGGGGAACAGGGACCAGAUCAAGUAGUCGACAGCAACGGUGCAUCUCCGUCUCGACAAACCCCUGAUCAAAAUGUGUUUCGAGGAUCUGCCCAUUCUGGUAGGGCUUCUAGACACCCAACUAGCAGCAGCAAGGGUCCCUACCCCCCACGAGGACCACCGCCUCCACCUUAUGGAGUCCAGGGAUCAGGCUCGUUCGGAUAUGGGCGUCCGGACUACCCUCCACCACGGCCUUACCCUGUACCACCCUACAAUCCAUCGGGUUCCUUCGAGCAAGAUAGUGCAGCAGCAGCAUACCACUCGAGGCCCCCAUCACAUUACAGUCCACAUGUUCAGUACCCACCGCCUGGGGGGCGUUAUCCGGGGGAAGAUAUCAACGUGAUUUCUCCAAAUCACAAGGCAGGGGACCCCAAAUACCGAUCCAGCUCGGCACAAAGACGGCCGCCGACAAAUUACUACCAGUAUCCACCCGCGUCUCCCGUCAGUAGACCCGGACAAACGGAGUCGCCUCCGAGACUGAGAAACUUUGCCGUGCGAAGGACAAUUGAGGGACCAUACUCCAAAGCACAACGUAGCGGAGAUAUUGUGGAAGAGACUGCGUCUUGGAAUCCUUUUCCUGCGCCAUCCAGAACGGCUAGUCGGGCAGAUCGACCGCGACCCCCAUUGGUGACAGAAUCAUCAUUUGAUUCCGAUCACUUUUCCAAUUCGCAUUACUCGCAGCAGCAUCCGUCCCACCCCCCAACACCAGGGAGUGGAGCCCCGAAUCACGACCCUACGCAGACAUUCUACGGACCAGGAGGAUCGUGGGCAAGCUUUGAUAGUACCGGUGCCCAUCCACCUCAACCGCCUCCUCACUACGAUGACUACUCGCGAGGGCAUUCGCGCCACCCACCCCACACCCCUGGUGGACAUUACCCGGAACCACCGUAUUCACCUUACUCGCCACACAGCCACCACUCGGCCGGAUAUCAUCACCACUACUCGCCGGGUGGAGCCUACUACCCUCCACCGGACCAUUAUGGGUCUUAUCACGGCUAUGGUCCUCCUCCUCAGUCUUAUGAGGACGACGAACGUGGGAUGCUUAAGGAUUAUCACCCUGACCGAGAUAGCCAGGAGGUCAAGUCGUCAGAGGCUUCAAACAAAAAGGGCAAGCCCUUGGCAAACAAGUCCGCUACGGGAAUCGUCUUGCCAGCAGCCGCACACGAGGUUGACUUUGACGUUACAGAUCCUCCUGCCGAGCCCGUCUGUCCACCAUCGACAGAAGCGAUUGUGGAGUCCUUGGCGGAUGUGAAUACCUACGAUGUGCUGUGUGGAAGAGGAGGAGGAACCAACUCGCAGAUUGGGAAUAAACGAUUCCGCAAGUUGGUUCAGGAGUUCCAGCCUACUUAUCUGUUGGCUAGGAGGAAAGAGAAGCCGUUGCUAGCUAGAACAAUUGUGUUGAUUAUUCGUAAAAGGGGCGGGCACUUCUUGCGAAAGGACGAUGAAUCGGGAAUGCUUUUCGAAGUGGGCGAUGCCAAAGCUGAGGCCAAGACUUCGCAAGCGUUGCGAGAAGGCCUCGAUGUCCGAGCUACCAAGAGUGCAGCCAACACGCUGUCAGACAAGAAGAAGAAAAAGAAGAAAGGGGCCGCCCCCAAGGUAAAGGAAGAAGCAGUUGCUGAAGCAGCAGCAACCACAACAGAAGAGAAACCAGCUACCAAGCCACCAGAGCCACCAAUUGAAACGCCGAAGCUAGAUGUUCAGAGUCCAGAGCGUACGCCGGAGCGACCGACACAGCUGACGAAGGAGAAGCCGCCCAGUCCAAUGAAUGUAGACCCGGAACCCGAGUCUCCUCCCCCGCUACCCAAGCUUGCAGACGAAGACAUCAAGGCAGGAAUGGUCCAUCCACACUCGCCAGAAGCCAUGCAGUUCCGUAAGCGCCGCAGGAUGCGAGCUCUGGCUUGCGGUGCCGACAAGUUCUUUCCCGACUUUUGCCCUCCUCGUGCUGAUCUGGCUCGAUCUGCUAGUCCAAUCGAAGAUGGAAACGGAAGGAGUUGCGAUAGCGACGGCGACACAUUGCUUCAGCACUCUCCUAUGAGAAGGGCUAGCAGUAUUGAUGACGAAGACUUACCGAAGAGCACUGUCGCCCCGGGCUGUACCGCUGCUGCGUUGGAGAUCGUGACUGGAGCCGUAACUGGGGGCUUCUGCUUUGGAACUUCGAAAUAGAUGAAAUCAUGAGACGAGAAAUGGUUAAAGGCUUGCUUCUAUAGAACUUUGUGCGCGUGUGUUGUUGGCUUGGAUUCAUUGUGUAGACCGGACGGACGACUGGGAUGAUCGAUUUGACGGUGUUUUGUUGUAUGGUGAGAGCGAAUUCGACAAUCAAUUAUAAGAAGAUAAAAGACUUGAAUUUUGCUACAUUAU